AUGGAUUCAUUCAUGAGCGUGCGGGAUGCAGACCGCUUUAUAGAAAAGACAACUGAAGACCUGACCCUGCUGAUGCUCGCAGCCAGGGAUGAGAACCUGGAAAGCUGCCUCUUCCUCUUGGAAAAAGGAGAAAGUGCUGAGGCGAGGACAAAAUUCGGCGUGACGCUUCUUCACUUCGCGGCCUUGAACGAUGAGAACGGAAUCGAAAUCAUCCGGCACCUCGUCAACCAGAAGAAACUAGACUUGAAGGAAGAAGACGUGGAUGGCGAGGAAGCCAUUUUCUACGCAGUCAGGAAGGCAAAUUUCAAGGUUGCCCAGGCUCUGCUUGAGCUGCAAGGUGUCGAGACGAAAAACCUGCUGCAUUUCGUGAUAACUCGAAAUAGAGGGGACGCAGCCCCGACGGUGCACGCGUGGAACCCUGAUUUGAUAAAACAGGUCGACUCAGACAAGAGAAACGCCCUCCACCUAGCAGCCGAAUACUCGGACCUGAAUGUCUGCAAAUGGCUAAUCGGCGAGGGCAUCGAGGUCGCCUCUAAGUGCGUUUACGGAACAGCCUUGAGUCGUGCUGCUCUCAACAAACGCCACGGAGAAGAACUGGUUCCGUUCUUCCACGCCCAGGGAUUGAACCUGAACGAAACUUCGGAAGUUGGAUGCUCGCCCUUGCACGCAGCCCUGGCCGUGGAAAACAUCGAGGUUGCUCAAGAAAUGAUAUCACUCGGGGCGUCACUGCAGAAACACAAUUAUUUAUUCUACUGCGUCAUGGGGAACAAAUUAAACAGCGCCAAAUUCGUGAACGGACUGGACAACACUCAGAUCACGAGUCGAGACAAGGAUGGUCGGACGGCUCUUCACGUCGCGGCCGAGAGGGCCGAUCGAGUGAUGUGCAAAUGGCUCAUCGAAAGCGGCAUUCCGAUUUACUCCACGUGCUCGCGGUGGAAAAGCUCGGCUAUGCAUCACGCCGUGUUCAACAAACGGCACGGACCGAGUCUCGUCCGAUACUUUUUCGAAUCGGGGCUGAACGUGAACAAAAAGGACAAAGUGAUGUACACCCCUAUCGUCCACGCUGUGAGAUCGAAAAAUUUCGAGGUCGCCGAAGAGCUGCUGAGCCUCGGCGCCGAUUUGCGUUGGGAGAAAAAAGGCGUGAACGUUCUGCACCACUGCAUAAUGAGCAACAACCUGGAAGGUGCCAAAUUCGUGCACUCGAAGGAUCCAGGACUAAUUAAGGAGCUCGGCAAGGAGGGGAUGAACGCCCUUCAUUUCGCGGCAGCGCACGCGGAUCUGAAAAUGUGCGAGUGGCUGUACGAAGAAAACGUUGACGUUCAGGCUUCAAGCGAGAAGCAACGGAACAACGUCCUGCAUUUCGUCGCUUGCAACAAAGAGCACGGAAAAUCACUCGUCGCCUUUUUUGAAUCAAAGGCGGUGAACGUGAACAAAAGGAACAAAUCCUCGCUAACCCCUCUUCACGCCGCCCUUUUAAACGAAAAUAUCGAAGUGGUUGGAGAGCUCCUGAAGGUUGGCGCUGACAUUUUUGUAAAACUAGAAAAUGACAAUAUUCUGCACUUCUGCAUUCUAAGAGAGAAAUUCUUGAGCGCCAAAUUCGUGGUCAGAAUCAACAGGGAGCUGCUCAGGGAAGAGACCAACGGAGGAAUGACCGCGCUCCACCUUGCAGCGCGAGUGGCGGAUGUGGAUUUUUGCAAAUUCUUGGUGAAGAAAGGCGCUAACUUCCGAGCCAAGGACCAGAAAAAUCGCUCAGUUUCCGAUAUGGUUCCGCGAGGCAGCAGUGACAAGGGGAAAUAUUUUCGAUCAUCAGAUACCGUUGGGGAAAAGAAUUCGCUCUCGAUUGGCGAGCAGCAGGAAAUGAGCCGCUUUGUUGAAAAGACAACUGAGGGUUUGACUCCGUUGAUGGUCGCGGCCAGGGACAAAGACCUGCUGAGCUGCCUGGAAAUCCUGAUAAAAGAAGAAAGCGUUGACGCCGAGUCGCCUUUCGGCGCCUCACUUUUCCAUUUCGCCGCGUUGAACGAGGAGCACGGCGUAGAGAUCGUGCGGCACCUCAUCCACUCGGAGGGCCUGGACAUAAAGAAAACCGACGUCGAUGGGGAGGAGGCCAUUUUCUACGCCGUCAGGAAGGGAAACUUCAGGGUGGCCAAGGUGCUGCUCGAGAUGCGAGACGCCGAGACCAACAACCUCCUGCAUUUCGUCAUAAUUCAUCAGAGAUCGGAAUUCGUACCUUCAGUGCACGCGUGGAACCCUGAGCUGAUCAAAGAAACCGACCUGGUCAGUAGAAACGCCCUUCACCUCGCAGCCGAAUACGCCGACCUGAUUACAUGCAAAUGGCUGAUCGGUCACGGCAUCGACGUUGCGUCAAAGAGCUAUUUCGGAACGGCUUUGCAUCUGGCUUCGCUAAACAAAAUCCACGGCCAGGAACUGGUCAUAUAUUUCGCUUCCCAAAAUCUCGACCUGAACGAGAAAUCAGAGAGCGGAUUCAGGCCUGUGCACGCAGCUCUUGCCCUCGAAAAUAUCGCGGUCGCCGAGGAACUGCUGCGGCUCGGCGCCAAAUUGCCUAUUACCACCAUCGAAAAUCCUUUGCUCUUCAGCGUCUUUUGCAACAAAAUAAAAAGCGCCCAGUUUGUGUUUAACAGAAAGAACAGCCUGAUUCAUGGUCUCGAUGUAGAUGGCAAAAACGCCCUUCACAUCGCGGGCGAGGCUGCAGAUAAAGAAAUGUGCGAGUGGCUCAUCGACUUGGGCAUCCUUGCCCAUUCUCUGUGCUUGAAGCGGCACUCGACCUUUUUCCACCUCGUCGGCCUGAACAAGGAGCACGGAGUUCAACUCGUGCGAUACUCGUUUUUCCGCUUGCGAUUGAACAUUAACGGAUUGGACAAAUCCGGAUACACGCCUCUCAUCUACGCUUUAAGGGCCAAAAACUUUGUCGUAGCUGAAGAGAUGCUUAAACUCGGAGCUAAUCUUCACUGGCAGAAAAACGAGACGAAUCUCUUCCACGUCUGCGUGACGGACAACAAUUUGGAAGGAGCCAAAUUUGUGCACUCCAAGGACCAGAGUUUGAUGAGAAAACUCGGGAAAGAUGGCAUGAAUGCCCUUCACCUCGCAGCAAAUCACGCAGACCUGAGAAUGUGCCGGUGGCUGUGUGAAGAGAACCUCGACGUGCUGGCCCUGAGUGGAGUUUUGCAGAAUAACGUUCUGCACUACGCCGCUCUCAACGUGCAUUACGGAAACAAACUCGUGCCCUUUUUCGUCGAGAAGGCGGUGAAUAUAAACGAGAGGAACCGAUCGGCAUGGACACCGCUCCACGCCGCCCUUUCGAAGGAGAAUAUCAGUGUGGCUGAGGAGUUGCUGGAGGCAGGCGCGGACAUUGAUGUCAAACUGAAUUCCGGCAAUGUCUUGCACUUCUGCGUCCACUUAAAUAAAUGCUCGAGUGUCGUAUUUUUGGUCGGUGAGAAGAAAGAGUUAAUCAAGGAGACAACCGCGGGAGGAGUAACUCCUCUGCACCUGGCGGCGAAGAUCGCAAAUCUGAAACUCUGCAAAUAUUUGGUGUCGCAUGGAGCACAUGUUCACGCACGAGACAACCUCAAACGCACUGCGUUGGACUUGGUUCCGGAAGCCAGGGACGAGGACCUGAAAAACUGCCUCAACCUUCUAGAAAAGGGCGAAAACGCCGAAGCCGAGACAAUUUUCGGAGCGACUCUUCUCCAUUUCGCGGCGCUAAACGAGGAUCACGGAAUCGAAAUAAUCUGGUACUUUGUUAACGAGAAGAAGCUCGACUUUAAGAAGAAAGAUCAGGACGGCGAGGAGGCCAUUUUCUACGCAAUCAAGAAAUGCAACUUCAGGAUCGCCCAGAUGCUGCUGGAGAUGUGGAGGGCCGAGACGGAUAAUUUGCUGCAUUUCGUGAUAACUCAGCAGCGAUCAGACGUCGCGCCGCUGGUCCACGCGUGGAAUCCGAAUUUAAUUAAUGAGGUCGACUCGGUGAAGAGGAACGCCCUUCACCUGGCCGCCGAAUACGCCGACCUGAAUUUCUGCCAAUGGCUGGUCAAAGAAGGCAUCGAGGUCGCGUCGGCGAGCCCAUUCAUGGGAACGGCCUUGCAUCGCGCACCGCUCAACACGCUUCAUGGACGUGAAAUGGUCGAGUAUUUUGUCUCCGAAGGACUGGACGUAAACGCAGGAAUUAAACUCACAGGAGUGACGCCUCUGCAAGGGGCUCUUUGCCUGGGAAACCUCGAAGUUGCUGCAGAACUUCUGAAACAUGACGCUGUUUUGAAUAACAAAAAGGGAGGAAUUAAUAACAUGCUCUUCUUCUGCGUCUUAAUAAACCAACUCAAGAGCGCCAAAUUCGUUCACGAAAUGGACAACAGCCUGAUUAGGGAAAUUUACCCUGGCGGCCGGACAGCCCUGCACCUGGCAGCGGAGGAGGCGGACGAACAUAUGUGCCAGUGGCUUCUGGAGAAUAAAAUCGGAAUCGAUUAUUUAACCCCGAGUGGCAGAGGCUCAAUUUUACACCACGUCGCAAAGAAUAAAGAUUUUGGUGCCCAGCUUGUUCAUUUCUCUUUCAACCUGGGCUUGGACAUGAACUGCCAGGACAAAAAAAACAACACGCCCCUCAUGCUGGCGCUGAGGGCCGGAAACUUUGCCGUGGCCCAGGAGUUGCUGGACCACGGCGCCACUUUGGACGUGACGAUCGACGGCAUGAACAUCUUGCACUUCUGCAUUGCGGAUAACAAUCUGGAGGGUGCCAUAUUUGUUCACUCGAAGAGUCAAAGUCUGGUGCAAGAAGGCGGUGAAGAAGGGAUGAACGCCCUUCACAUCGCAGCGGCACACGCGGACCUGCGAAUGUGCGAGUGGCUGUGCAGGGAAAGCAGCGUCGACUUAUGUGCUCUCAGCGGCGAAAUGGAAAACUCUGUUUUGCAUUAUGCUGUUUAUAAUUUGGAACAUGGAGUGGAUCUUGUUGAUUUUUUCGUUACCAAAGGGGUCAACGUGAACGGGAGGAAUAUCUUCUCAAAAACCGCGUUUCACCUCGCUUUAUCAACGGAAAAUAUCAAUAUUGCCGAAGCUUUGUUGAGCUCCGGCGCGAAUAUUAAUAUCAGCCUCGAUCACGACAAUGUUUUGCACUACUGCGCUCGCAGGAAUAAACUUUUGAGCGCCAAAUUCGUGGUAGGAGUGGAGAAGGAGCUGGUCAGGGAAAUGACCCUGUCAGAUAUGAGCGCGCUUCACCUGGCGGCGCAGGCGGCAAGCCUGGAGUUCUGUAAAUUUUUGGUUGAGAACGGAGCCAACUUCCUCGUCAUGAACGAAUUCAAUCAGUCGGUUUUGGCCAUGGUUCCGCGAGACAGAAAGGACAAGAAGAAAUACUUCCGCUCUUUGGGAAUUAAGAAAUAA